UUUCUGGAGACUUUUUGGUCCUCAAUUUCCCCGCCGUUGAUUUUGUUAUUCAAAGCCCAUUGAUGCCCUCCGCAGCACUUGUUGCUGUUGCGUUACCCAAUGGCCGCCUUAUCCUCCUUGGCUCUCCCUCACCUAGACCCCAUGUCCGACUCAUCGCCCGAGGCACCGUUGGAGAGGCUGAAGAAGAAACGGCGGAGGCUUGCCCUUACCUGCGAGCAGUGUAGGAGGCGCAAGAUUCGGUGUGAUGGGAAUGCACCUUGCAAUAACUGCACAAAGCUCAAGAUGGCCACUGUGACAGGCGGUCAGGGACGCUUGAGCUAGCUGGUCGCGAGCGGGGAUGUCUCUAGGGUGGUCCGGAUCAGGAUAAAAGGGAGGAAAGGAACCUGUGCUGGAAGACAGGACAAGAUCGGUUUUCAGUUCUUUAGAAAUUCAAGCUGGACGUCAGAGAGGCCGGCAGGCCUCUGGACAGCUUGAGAGUCUGCUUUUUCUUUGCCUUUAAUUUUGAGAGAUUUAUUUGAGUCUAUCUUUGCUGUUGCUACGAUCCUUGUCCAACCUCUAUCUUCAACCUC